AUGAAACCCGCUACCAUAUUUCGUUUGUUAUUUAUUUUGGUUACUCUCUUGGAUUGUUCCGUUCUUUCGGUCCAUCUUACUUCGAAUGUAUAUGCUAGGGAUGUAAAUGAAACAAAUUCUCAGCCUUUAUAUCAUUAUUAUAAGCAAUUUAUUGAUCACAACGAUAAGUCAUGUGGAACUUUUUCUCAAAGAUUCCUCAUUAAUUCUACUUAUUAUAAACCUGGUGGUCCUAUUUUUCUCCACACUCCUGGUGAGGGUGCAAUUAAUCCUAUAAUAGUCGAAGCAUCUGGAAUUAGUGAAACUGUCGCAAGUUUCAAUGGAUUACUUAUUACUAUUGAACAUCGUUAUUAUGGUGAAAGUUACCCACCGAUUAAAAAUCUUAAUACUCCAAACAUGAAAUUCUUAACUGUUAACCAAGUCCUUGCUGAUUUUGCUGAAUUUAUAAAAAAUCCUCCAACUGACAUAAUAGAGUGCCCUAAAGAUGCUAAAUGGAUCUUUGUUGGUGGUUCAUAUUCUGGAAAUUUGGCAACAUGGAUGCGAGUUGCUCGUGCUCUUCCUUGUCGUGAUAGAGUUGCUGAUGCAUUUAAAUAUGUUAUUGACCCAAUUUUAUUAUCCGGUAACCGUACAGAAAUUGCAGCUCUUAAAUCACAGUUCGGUCUUGAUGCUUUAGAUGAUGAUCAAGAUUUUGCUUCGGCUAUUAGUCAUCCAGUUUCUUUAAUGGUUCAAACAUAUUUUCCUCCUACUUCUCCUUCAGAAAUUGAUACUAUUCCAACAUUUUGUGCUGCAUUCGCUAAAGCUCCUGAUAAUAAACCAGAAACUUCGGUAUUGAUUUUAGCUCAAGUUACUAAAUUCUUUUUGAACGUAUCUGGAAUUAUUACUCCUGAUGCUAUUAAAGCAAACUUUGCUACUUCAGCACUUAAUACUUCGGUUGUACCUAAUGACUUAGUUUCAUUUAUAUAUCAGUACUGUACACAAUUUGGUUGGUAUCAAGUAGCUCCAAAACCACCAAAACAAAGUUUGCGAUCACAAAUUGUCGAUAGGGAAUAUUAUCAAAAACAAUGUAACUUUUUGUUUCCUGAAAUUCCACCACCACGUGUUAAAAUUACUAAUCUCCAAUUUGGAGGGAAUACUGGUAUAUUCUCCCGAACCAUAUUCAUAAAUGGUGAACUCGAUCCAUGGAAAAGUUUGACAGUUAGUGGUUCAUGUUUCAAAACUAUCUCACGAAACAAAGUUUUCCUAAUCAAAAAUGCGUCUCACGUUAAUGAUUUGAGAUUUCCAACAUCAGUUGAUAGUGAUUCAUUGAAAUAUGCAAGAAAAUUCAUUAUAGAAACUCUGGCUGAAUGGUUAUGCGUUAAAUGUAUCACUGAUGUUUCAGGAUUU